AUGGAAAAUUCGUCUUCAACUUGCGUCACAACUUCACCACAGCCUCAAAACCAAAAAUUCCUUUACCCUUCUGCAAUGAGCCAGCAACCUCAAAUAUACGGUGAACAAGCUUUGGACCAUCGUUAUAAUAAUUUUAUUGGUAACAAUAACUUUGAAACGCUUUUAAACGCGAUAGAGGUUGCGCCCAUAAAUUUAAGUUCUACAAAACUUUCCUCCUCUUAUACCAAUCUACAACAACAACAACAUCAAGAAUCGAAUUCUUCUCAGCAACAACAAACCGUAGAAAACAAUCGUCAAAACAACUCUAUUAACUCGGAAAAAACACAUCAGCAAGAACAAUCAAAAAAACAAGAACAAAAACCAAAUAAUCAAGAUCGACCACUUUUACCAUCCCCAUUAAAGACUGCAUUGAAUGCACCACUACCAUUUUCUGGAGGGUUAACACUUCCAUCUGCACCGAUUGCGUUUCCCUCAACUACAGAUUCAAUUCCAUUCCCUCGUUUAUCUGGUCUUCCUUCUCCUCCUCACGGAAGUAUGUUCUCGAACUCAUUUCCAUUGCCUAGCGUUAAUCAGGCGGUUGGUGAUGUAGAUCGUACACGUAGGUCUCCUCCUCCGCGUCGUUCUCCCCCACCUCUGAUGACCUCAUCUCCACCAAAUAAAAGAAAAUGGGAUUCCAAUAACGAUGAUUCGCGUAUCGCAAAAAUUCGCCGAUCUAUUGAUGAAAUAAUGAUGUUACAGAAUUCAAUGUCGAUCGAUGCAAAUUAUCAAAAAUUUGAAUCUCAUGCAUCCUCUCAACCUAUAAUUAAGAACGAACCUUCAUCUCCAUCCUCAUCACAAUCACGUCAACAACAAUCAUCACCGAAUUCAUUCCAGAUGACGACAAUCACGUGUCUUCAUGCCUCGGUUGCUCAAAAAUCAUAUGGCAGCGAAAAGAGAUUCUUGUGUCCACCUCCGGUUGUAAUUGUGAGACAACCAAAUUCCAGUUUACACGGUAAACCAGAAUUAGCAAUGUCGGUCGUAUGCGAAACCGGUGAUCGACCUAUGGAACAGAAAACGAUGCUCGAUGAGAACAUGAAAGGCACCUUUAAAUAUUUGCACGUCAGUGGGACCGCAAAAGCCAAGCAAUUUUCUCUAAAAUUAAAGGUUUACAAUAAGAAUUCAACAAUUCCAUAUGCCAUCUUUGAUUCUGCGCCUGUCACUAUUAUCUCAAAACCAUCAAAAAAAACCGCUAAAGCAAGAAAUGUAUCAUCAUGCAUUUUAUCCGGGACUCCGAUUUCAUUAUUCAAUCGAAUAAAUUCUCAAACAGUACGUACAAAAUAUAUGGGCAUUGAGAACGGUCAUCUAUGUGCAAAGAAUUCUUCUUGGGCACCAUUCAUUAUUGAUGUCAUCAGUAGCCCAACACCUCUUUUACCCUCAAAUAACUCACCAAAAUCCAAUAAAAUUAUUAUUACCGAUCGAGCUACGGGUAUUUCAUCUGAUCCAUUAAUUAUUCGUAAGGUCGAGAAAGGGAAGAUUGCACAAUCUGCAUGUGGACCUGUUAGCCAAAUGCAAAAAAUUGCAUUGCAACGUGUUGGUACCGGCUGUCAAAACUCUUAUUUAAGCGCUGCAGGUCCGAUCACAAUGGACAGUCCUCAAUCACAAGAUCAAUGUACCGUCAGUGGUGCAUCCCCUUAUCUCGGUUAUCAACCUUCCAGAUUGGUCCAUAUACAUACGGUCGACUCAUCAAAAGAGUCGUUUGCAAUCCAUCAUAGCAACAAUUCGGAUGUAAAUGACGCACUCGCAUCUUCAAUCGUUGAAGAGGUUGACGAUUACCUUUGUUGGACGAUUGUUGGAAUUUCUCAAUUUCAAUAUACACAUUUCGAAGCUUUUCCAACAUCUGAUUCUUCAUCGCAGUCCGGACCAUCGACAAAUCAUCCAAUCACUCCGUUUCCCACGCUAACUUCAACUCCUAUUUGCAAUACUUCAAAUAAUACAAUCGAAAUGAGUGUGGCCAAUUUUUAUCAUGACGUAUCGCUACAUCAAGUUUCAUCUCAACCACAACCACAACAACCAAUGGAAGUAUGGCUUGGUCAACAUGGUCCUCUCAAGACGCGUAUAGUGCGAAGAACUUCUACAGAAAAUCGGGAAUUCGUCGAAUAUCCACUUUUAUUCGUAAGAAUUGACGGUGUAUGCUAUCAUUCUGGAAAAUCGAUUAUCUGUGAAAGAAUAGUUAAUCAUCACGUUACAUCGACGUCGACGACGUCGUCGUCUACUACUAAAAGUCGAGGUGGUGAAACAAUACGUGAUUCUUUAAAUUGGGAAAUUAGACUGGCAAUUUUUGUUGAGUUUGGGAUAGAUGGUCAGAAAUGGGAUAAAGAAAUCACGAGUUACUUUCUUACAUAA